AAAAAAAAAAACAAAAAACAAAGGAUUUGAAAAGUCUCUUCCCUUUCAAAUUGAAUCUGCUCUCCUCUUUAGUCUCUCCCUCUUUCCAAUGAUUUUUAUUUUCUUUAAUUACUAUUUUUAUUCUUAUUAUUGGUUUAUUACAUCGUAUCAUUUCCUAUUUUUCAGCUUUGUUUCUCUCCAUUAGCCAAUCUAUUUCCCCACAAUUUAAUUACAAUAAACUUUCCCUUCCUUUGAUUCAUCGCUGGAUCACGGAUUGUCAUUUGUACAAUUUUGAUUCCAUUUUACCCUUUUUCUCUUGUAACAUUACAUUUUAGCCUUUGGUAAUGUUUUGUAGCAAAUGGGUUUUGUUUAUUUGUUAUAGUUGUUUGAUUGAUUCUAUCCUGAACGGAGAUAAAUAAAGGGUUGCUAUUGAUUUUUUUUUUUUUUUUUUUUUUUUUUUUUUUUUUUUUUUUUUGUAAUAUUCUGCUUUGAAAAGAUUUAGUGGGUUUAAUUUAUUUUGCAGUGAAGUUGAGCUUUUUGUUAGAAAUGAAGCUUCUUGUUCGUGUAAUAGAGGCAAGAAAUUUGCCAGCAAUGGAUCUAAAUGGGUUUAGUGAUCCAUACGUGAAAGUGCAGCUAGGAAAGCAGAGGUUCAAGACCAAAGUGGUGAAGAAAAACUUAAAUCCUAGUUGGGGAGAGGAAUUUAGUUUUAGGGUUGAGGACUUGAAUGAGGAGCUUGUAAUUGCUGUUUUGGAUGAAGAUAAGUACUUCAAUGAUGACUUUGUAGGGCAGAUUAAAUUGCCUGUAUCUCUAAUUUUUGAUGCAGAUAACAAGUCUCUCGGCACUACUUGGUAUACUUUGCAACCUAAAAACAAAAAGUCCAAGAACAAGGAUUGUGGUGAAAUUCUUUUAGGUAUAUGUUUUUCGCAGAACAAUGCAUUUGUUGACUCGAAUAGUAGUGGCGAUCCAGUAUCACAGUUAAGGAAGAAUGCAGAUACAGUGGCAAAAUCUCCUUCUAGGUCGUUUGGAGGGCCCUCAAACUCAUCCUCUCCAGGGAGAUUUGAGGAAAUUGAAUCCUUUAAAGAGGAGAAGCCUGGUGCGCCAAAAACUUUUGCUGUGAGAAUUUGUCAAAUGUUCAAUAAAAAUUCAGAUACAACACCAGCCGUGGGUAGUAAAAGCAUUGACAAUUUAGAGCCACCUGAAAUUGCUGUAUCUGAGGUUUGUGAUGAUACAUCAGAUGAUCCUUCCUCUCCUGAGGACUUUGUAGAAAUAAUGAGAGUGAUGGAAUCUAAAGAUGUGGGAAAUGAAAUUCCAAGCAAUCUACCUGGAGGUGUCCUUAUAGACCAAUCGUAUGUGAUUGCUCCGCAAGAUUUAAACUCUAUGAUUUUCGCACCUGAUUCAAGUUUUCAAAGAUCACUUGCAGAAGUCCAGGGUACAACAGAACAACAAUUUGGACCUUGGAAAUUUGAAAAUGGUGGUGAGAGCUUGAAAAGAAUGGUUACUUACAUGAAGGCUGCAACCAAAUUGGUGAGGGCUGUGAAAGUCUAUGAGGAACAGACAUAUUUAAAAGCUGAUGGCAAGGCUUUUGCUGUUUUUGUUGUUUCGAGUACUCCAGAUGUUAUGUAUGGGAACACCUUUAAGAUUGAAUUGCUUUAUUGUAUCACAUCUGGUCCAGAGUUGUCUUCAGGCGAACAAACUUCACAUUUGGUAUUAUCUUGGCGAAUGAACUUUUUGCAGAGUACCAUGAUGAAAGGUAUGAUAGAAAAUGGAGCUAAACAAGGUCUAAAAGACAGCUAUGAACAGUUUUCAUCUGUAUUAUCUCAAACUGUUAAACCAGUUGAUUUGAAGGACAUGGGAUCUACGAAGGAACAGGUUUUGGCUUCAUUGCAGGCAGAAAGCCAGUCGAAUUGGAAACUGGCAGUACAAUAUUUUGCAAAUUUUACUGUAGUUUCUACAGUUUUUAUUGGAUUAUAUGUACUUUUGCACAUCUGGAUAUCUCCUUCCAGCACAAUUCAAGGGCUAGAGUUUGUAGGACUUGACUUACCAGAUUCAAUUGGUGAAGUCAUCGUGUGUGGUGUCCUAGUUCUUCAAUGUGAAAGGGUGCUAGAGUUACUUUCUCGCUUCAUGCAGGCCAGAGUACAAAAGGGCAGUGAUCAUGGAGUCAAAGCACAAGGGGAUGGUUGGCUGCUCACUGUUGCAUUGAUUGAGGGAAAUAAUUUGGCAGCUGUUGAUGCAAGUGGCUUCUGCGAUCCAUAUGUGGUGUUCACCUGUAAUGGGAAAACUAGAACCAGCUCAAUUAAGUUCCAGAAGUCUGAUCCUUUGUGGAAUGAAAUAUUUGAAUUUGAUGCAAUGGAUGAACCUCCUUCUGUGCUGGAUGUGGAAGUAUAUGAUUUUGACGGGCCUUUUGAUGAAGCUACAUCUUUGGGACAUGCUGAAAUUAAUUUUUUAAAAUCUAAUAUAUCAGAUCUUGCUGAUGUGUGGGUUCCUCUUAAAGGAAAGUUGGCACAAGCAUGCCAGUCUAAGCUGCACCUAAGAAUUUUCUUGAAUAAUACAAGAGGUAGCAAUAUUGCUAAAGAAUACAUAAAUAAGAUGGAGAAGGAGGUCGGAAAGAAGAUAAACCUACGUUCUCCACAAACAAAUUCAGCCUUUCAAAAGCUCUUUGGGCUUCCACCAGAGGAAUUUCUCAUCAAUGAUUUUACCUGUCACCUAAAGCGAAAAAUGCCCCUGCAGGGUCGCCUGUUUCUGUCAGCAAGAAUAAUUGGGUUUCAUGCAAAUUUGUUUGGGCAGAAGACUAAAUUUUUCUUCCUUUGGGAGGAUAUUGAAGAUAUUCAAGUUUAUGCUCCUAAAUUAUCAUCAAUGGGUAGUCCCACUAUUGUCAUGACUCUCCGGAAAGGCAGAGGUAUGGAUGCUAGACAUGGGGCAAAAACACAAGAUGAGGAGGGGAGGCUGAAAUUCCAUUUCCAGUCUUUUGUAUCUUUUAAUGUAGCGCAUAGGACAAUCAUGGCUUUAUGGAAGGCUAGAUCUUUGACUCCUGAACAGAAGGUGCAAAUAGUUGAAGAAGAUUCAGAAACCAAACUCCUCCAUAGUGAUGAAAGUGGGUCCUUAUUGGAUCUUGAGGAUGUCAACAUGUCUGAGGUUUAUUCUUCUUCUGUUUCUGUCCCUACCAAUUUCUUGAUGGGGCUGUUUGGUGGGGGUGAAUUAGAGCGCAAAGCUAUGGAGAAAGCUGGUUGUCUUAACUAUUCUUACACCCCAUGGGAAUUGGUAAAGGCUGAUGUAUAUGAAAGGCAAAUAUAUUACAGAUAUGAUCAGAGCAUAUCUCAUUAUAGAGGAGAGGUGACCAGUACACAACAGAAGUACCCCCAAUCUGAUCGUAAAGGUUGGCUUGUGGAAGAGGUUAUGACUCUCCAUGGAGUUCCACUUGGUGACAAUUUUAAUCUUCACUUGAGAUAUCAAAUUGAGGAUUUGCCUGCAAGACCGAAAUGCUGUUAUGUCCAUGUAUUCAUGGGAAUUGCAUGGCAGAAAAGCACUAAGCAUCAGAAAAGGAUUACAAAGAACAUCCUCUCCAAUUUGGAAGACUGGCUGAAGGUGAUUUUCAGUCUGAUUGAGAGGGAAUAUGCAAACAGAUAGGAAAUGUGCACUGCUGUAUUCAAUCUUUUUCAAUUUCUAUGAGAAAUGUGUCACUGUCCAUUUUGAUCGAGGGAGUGCUCCAAUCUCGUGUUAUAUUUGUCUGGCAUUUCUUGAAUUUGGGUAUUCAGAGAGAUUGUGAAAAUGUUACUUUGAACUCCAAGAGGUAUUCAGGGAGAUCCUGACGAUUCUUUGAACUCCAAGGGAAAAACGUUACUGACUCUGCUUGGGACAGGACUUCAGUGCUGAACUAAUGGGAGGCCAGUUAGUUUCUUUCCGCACAAUUGAAGAUGGAAAUCCUUUGUCCAAAAAGACCUGUAAAUACUUGUACUCUACAUAGAUUCACUGGAGCUGCUCUUCUUCCAUCAUAUUUGUAAAAUUUUUCAUCUUUUCUUGUUCAGAAUUAACUGGCUUCUCAGGUGAUGGCAGAACAUUUUUGUUUUUAGCUGCACUGAAUUUAGAAUUCAGAUGGCUUCGAGAAGUUCAGGUGAAUGUAUUGAUGAAGCACAUUUUUCGGGUAAUAGAUGUCCACAAUGUCAUAUGUCAGCAACAGUUACGUUUAGCUCUGUGCAACAAAUGCUGUUUAUCUUUCUGUAUCUGUUGAAUAAUUGUUCUAUAGUCCUGUUCCUCGCUCCAGUGUCAAUGUUAAUCUUCUACGUAUGGUUUGAGUUCUA